AAUGUGUUACAUAUAAGUUGAAAAGGAAGGCUCAGAUGCCAAUAAACGGCCAGUAGAUUGUUACUGAUCUGAGGCAGGGUCCUGUAACCUCCAGGUAGGAUCCUCUGAGUGAAAGGGACCAGGGAUAGGAGAGCGUCAAGCAGGAGGCAGGACCAGGGGUGAAAAGCUCUCCCACUGCAGGCAGGGUGGAGCCCUGGAGAAUGAAGUUUUGGUACUGAACCCAGGACUCCCUCUUACUUUUUCCCAUGUUGCACAUCAGCACUGUGGAGGAUGGCGAUUGGUUGCAUCUUUUGUGACGUAGUACAUGCUCACGGUUAUCAGAACUGUCCAAUCAGGAGCAGCCGCAUAAACACUAUGUAAUCACGCAGGAUCUUGACGCCAUAAUCAUUGUCCAGUUCUGCAGUGGAGAGAGGUCCGAGGAGGGGGCUGUGCUGCUGGGAGGUUCAUCCCCUGUUCACCGCGGGUGUUUCCCCCACAGGAUUCCGCACCCCUCAGAAGCUGUGAGAAGGUGAUGAUAGCAUUUGAAGACCUCGCUGUGUACUUUACCUGGGAGGAAUGGCAGAACAUGAACCAAGCUCAGAAAAUCCUGUACAGGGAUGUGAUGCUGGAGACCUACAGCAGCCUGUUCUCCCUGGGACACUGUGUGACCAAACCUGACUUGAUCUUCAAGUUGGAGCAAGGAGCAGAGCCCUGGAUGGGGGAAGAAUGCCUACAUCAGAGCCUUCCAGUUGCCAUGAAAAGGGAUGACCUGAUUAGGAAAAACCAGAAAAGUCAGGACAAAAAUCUGAAUCAGAAUGUUAUGAAAAAUAAUAAGACAUCAACUCCCAAGAUAAUUGAAUUAAGAAAAACACUUCAUUUGAUUUCAAACCAUAUUCCAAAACUGAGUAUCAAAAAGAGAAUCUAUUCAGGAAUGAAACCUGAAGAAUACAAUAUAUGUCACAAUGUGCAUCCCCACUGUGGGCCUGAUCAACUACAAACUGGAGAAAAAUGUGAUGCUACUAAGGUACCUGGGAAUGCUCUCCAGUUCUGUGAGGCUCUUAAUCAACAGCACAAAAUUCAGACUGUGCUACAGGCUUUUGAACCAACUGGACAAGGGAAAGUCUUCAAAAGGAAAAAUGUAUUUUGUAAAUCUGAGAGGCGUUUUAUGGUAGAAAGUAGUACAUCAACUGCCACUAUUGGUAAGACAACUCAAAUAGAACAAGAUUUCCAUAAAAAUUCUAACCUCAGUAUGCAUCAACAAAGUCCCAGAAAAGAGAAAGUUUAUGAAUAUACUAGUUCUUUGGAACCUGUCAUUGACCAAUCACAUCUUAAAAUAAAUCAUAGACCACUUACAGGGAGGAAACCUAAGCCUUGGGGAAAAUCAUUCAGUUAUAAAUCCUGCCAUACCAUCCAUCACAGUACUCAUGUAGUAGAAAACCCUCAUGUGUUUAAUGAACAUGGAGAAGCCACUUACCAGAAGUCACAUCUGAUUAAGCAUCAGAGAAUUCACACAGGGGAAAAGCCUUAUGAAUGUAAUGACUGUGGGAAAACCUUUGGCUAUAAAACAAACCUCAUAAAGCAUCAGAGAAUUCACACAGGGGAGAAACCUUAUGAAUGUACUAACUGUGAAAAAGCUUUUAGCCUUAAGUCACACCUCAUAAAUCAUCAACGAAUUCACACGGGAGAGAAACCUUAUGAAUGUACUAACUGUGAAAAAGCUUUUGGCAUUAAGUCACACCUCAUAACUCAUCAGCGAAUUCACACAGGAGAGAAACCUCAUGAAUGCAAUGACUGUGGAAAGGCAUUUCGCCAGAAGUCAAACCUCCUAAGUCAUCAGAGAAUUCACACAGGGGAGAAACCUUAUGAAUGUAAUGAGUGUGGAAAAGCCUUUGGCAAGAAGGCACACCUCAUAAAUCAUCAGAGAAGUCACACAGGAGAGAAACCUUAUGAAUGCAAUGAUUGUGGAAAAGCCUUUGGCUAUAAAAUAAACUUCAUAAGUCAUUGGAGAAUUCACACAGGGGAGAAACCUUAUGAAUGUAAUGACUGUGGAAAAACCUUUCACCAGAAGUCAAACCUCAUAAAUCAUCAGAGAAUUCACACAGGGGAGAAACCUUAUGAAUGCAAUGAAUGUGGAAAAACCUUUGGCUAUAAAACAAACCUCAUAAGUCAUCAGAGAAUUCAUACAGGGAAUAAACCUUAUGAGUGCAAUGAGUGUGGAAAAGCCUUUGGCCAGAAGGCACACCUCAGAGAGCAUCAGAGAAUUCACACAGGGGAGAAACCCUAUGAAUGUAAUGACUGUGGAAAAGCCUUUGGCCAAAAGUCAAACCUUAUAAGUCAUCAGAGAAUUCACACAGGGGAGAAACCUUAUGAAUGUAAUGAGUGUGGAAAAUCCUUUAGGUGGAAGUCAGAUCUCAUCCUACAUCAGAGAAUUCACACAGGGAAUAAACCUUAUGAAUGCAAUGACUGCGGGAAAACCUUUGUGAAGAAGGCACACCUCAUAAACCAUCAGAGAAUUCACAUAGGGGAGAAACCCUAUGAAUGUAAUGACUGUGGAAAAGCCUUUGGCCAGAAGUCAAACCUCAUAAGUCAUCAGAGAAUUCACACAGGGGAUAAACCUUCUGAAUGCAAUGACUGUGGUAACGCCUUUGGCCAAAACUCAAGUCUUGUAAAUCAUUAGAGAAGCCACACAGGAGAAACCUUAUGAAUGUAAUGACUGUGGAAAAGCCUUUAUGUGCAGUUCAGAACUCAGUAAACAGAGAAGUCACAGGAGAGAAACCUUAUGAUGGCAAUGACUGUAUGUCAAACAUCAGAAAGCAUCAGAGAAUUCACAAGGGGAGAAAUGUCAUGAAUAAUGAUGGUAGAAAGACUUUUGAUAUAAUUCACAACUAAAAACAUCUAGAAUUCAUACAGGGAAUUUUGCACACAAUUGCCUUUUUGUGCAAGCUUCAUUUUAUCAAAUAACAGAAUUCAUCAAGGGAGAACAAUAAGAUUAUAAUAAGUGUGGAUAUGCCUUUGGUGCCAAUCAUACCUCAUCAAUCAUAACAAUUCACACGGGAAAAAAAUCUUAUGAAUGUAAUGACUCACAAAGCCUUUUACCAUAAUUUAGCCCUCAUUGCACAUCAUCAAAUUUGUACAGGGAAAAAAGCCUUUGAAAGUAAUGUUGUGGAAAAGCCUUUACUUAGAAGUCAUACCCUAUAAGACAGCAGAGAAUUCACAUGGGGGAGAAAUCUUAUGAAUGUAAUGAGUGUUGGAAAGCUUUGCCAAAAUCUCAAGUACAACAUUAGAGAAUUCACAAAGUGGAGAUCUCAUGAAUGAAAUAAAUGUGGGAAAGCUUUUUGUCAUAGGUCAUACCUCAUAAUCCAUCAUGGAAUUUGCACAGAAGAGAGACUGAGAAUAUAAUGAGGGGUCAGUGCCGUGGCUCCCUUGGUCAAUCCUCUGCUUGUGGUUCCAGCAUCCCAUGUGGGUGACGGAUUC